AUGGAGGGUGGCUGCCUGAACAGGAAGUCUAAUGGGAAAUUUCACCAACUUCCUGGUUAUCCAAAUUGUGCUCUGGCCAGUGGGGUUGUGAACUUCUUCCUGGCUCGUACAGAUGCUGUACAGAAGGUGGGAUUUGACCCCAAACUCCAGAGAGUAGCUCAUUCAGGUAAACCCAUGGUUUGGAUUGCAGUUAUUGAAGAUCUGAUGGAUACUGUACAAGGAGGUGUAUUGGCUAACACUUGAAAUAUCUCUUUCUGACUCUAGAGUUUUUUAUGGAUGGGUUGGGCUCCCUGAUGGUUGCCACCUGUAAUCAUGUUUCCAUUGGUCAUCAGCCGCAUACAAACAAUACGGACGCAGCUCGCUACAGAAAAUUUAGACAUCCAGGAAGGGAAGAUGGGAAGUUCAAAGAGAGGCUUCAGUUCUUCAAAAACAACCUGAAGUGUGUUCGCUUUGGAUAG